CCCAGGAAAUUGUCGGCUAGCACAUAUAAAAAUAAAUAGAGGCACGGUUGCCUCAGUUCACUUUGCCUUGGCUAUAUUCAAAAUUCUUUUCUUUUUUCCUGGAACUUUGGCUUUUAAAUUUUUAGUUUUUCUUAAAAAUGUCUAAAGGCACUGGACCUUUGUCUAAGUUGUACAAUGUUACCAUCAGUACUAUUGAUAAAUUUGUUCCAGGCGCAGUUCAGCCACUUUGGCAAUCCCCAGCUGGACCCCGCACUGUGUUUUUUUGGGCUCCAGCGUUUAAGUGGUCCUUGGUGCUGGCUGGGCUGAGCGAUACGUUAAGUCGUCCUCCUGCCAAUAUAUCGCUGAAUCAGUGCGGCUCCUUGGCAGUCACGGGCUUGAUUUGGUCCCGCUACUCAGUGGUUAUCACACCCAAGAACUACAAUCUUCUGGCCGUCAACAUAGCCGUCUUCAUAAUCCAGGGUUAUCUAAUGGUCAAGCACCUGAGGUGGCGCAGCGAGAAUUCUCGGAAUGCCGUGUUCAAUCAUUCGCACUACCCAAUCAAAUCGGAGGAUGAUUGGUAGCAAGAAAAGCCGUUUAUUGAAAGUUGGCGUUAUUUGAUUUCAUCAUUAUUUUAAAUCAUCUGAUGUAUUUAUGUAUUAAACGAAAUACAUAAGGUCCGGGAAGACUUUCGUUUAUUCCUUGAAAAGUCUUUGUAGACUGAAAAACGACUGUUUAGUUACUCGAAAAAGUUAAUGCAAUCUAUAAA